AGUCCUGCAGGUGGCCCGGCCCGGAACCCAAAUGCAGUGGUGUGCAAUCAUUACAGGAGUAGUAACCGCCUCACUUGCAGAAAGUAAGCUGCUACGAUUUUUCAAGGCUAUACAAACAGUCUCCUCUUGAAUUCGAGAAAGAGAACCCUGCAGAAUGUUUGUGAAAACGUUUGCCCCCGAACCAUGUUCAUAGCUUAGGCUUAUUACACGUAACUUAUUGUAGUGGUAACAAGAGUACUGAAAAUCCACUCCAAGUGAUUGAUAUACUACGAAAAGAAUCCCUUGAUAUUUUGAUUGCACAUAAAAUCCAGUUAAACAAGAGGGAUUUUGUCUUAGUAUAUUAGUUUUUUUUGUUUCUUGGCUCUCGUUAAGAAGCCAUAAAAAUUCCGAAUUCGGAAAAAAUUCCGGAAAAAGUCAGAAGUCAAGCAAGUGAAAACUUAGAGCUAGGGAACUCAAUGGAGGCUUUUCGCGAUCACUCAUGAGCAAGUUUGUACCCCAAUAUCAGUCACCGCCCCCCGCCCCUCCCCCAUAAAUCAUGGGCUAAUGCCAAUUAGUAAAAUCCAACUAGUGGUCUAUUAUCAAUGCUGCGUUCUGAUUGGUUGAGUUAUUCCUAGGCUAUAUGUUAUAGCCCACUGAUAGCGAAAAGCGCGCGCUUUUUGGCGGCAAAAAAGGAUUGAAGUCUAGCUUAAACUAGCUAAAAGUUUUUUAUUCUCGAUAUUUUUGACCAACUAGUUGGAUUUUACUAAAACAAUUAUUCCUCUCGCCCUCACGGCCUCUGAGUCAAUAGCCCAUUCGGCCUUCGGCCUCAUGGGCUAUUGACUCAAAGCCCAUUCGGGCUUGAGGAAUAAUUGUUAAAUAUAUUUUUUUUCUUAAAAGGGGCAGAUCCUCGGUAACCUGUACUACACAGCCACCCAGGGAGAGAAACGACCGUCGCUAUGGAGGGCCAACUCCACGGGGCGAGUAUCUGAUUGGAAAUAGGUACACAAACCCAAGGUACAAUAUCGACUGGUACAAUCUGUACCCCAAGAAAGAGGACAAUUCUGGUUACUAUGGUUACACACAGCGCACUCGAACGGGGCGUUAUGCGAUGGGCCUUCAUCCUGGGAGAACAAGCUUAGGAUGCGUGACAGUCAGGGCGCCAACCUACAACAGCGAUGCGUGCUGGCAGCGGAUUCGCAGGGUGAUUGACAGCGGGUACAUGUACUAUCGUGGUUCAAGUUACAGCGGAUUCUUGUUUGUCAGUUAA